AUGACAGUUCACCUCGGACCCGUUGGGCCCGGAAUUGAUGGCCUUGCCGUCAACCCCGGUGGCCCACUCGCUUACAACCCUCGAUGCCUUUCCCGAGACAUUAGCGCCUGGACAUCUCAGCACUGGAUGACCCCGGAGAACGUUUUGAACCUUACCGUUGGCGCCGCUGCGGCAAACGUCCGAACAUUCCAGGAUGAGCUUCAGGGUCGCUUUGGAGAUGGCUUUCUCGGAACGCACACCUCGGGACACAUGAUUGUCAAUGGCGAGGCAUCUGACCUUUAUUCGUCCACCAAUGACCCGACCUUCUUCCUUCACCACGCUAUGGUGGAUCGUGUUUACUGGCUUUGGCAGGCUCUGCAUCUGACCGAAGCCUUCAACAUCGCGGGUACCAUCACAAUCCUCAACAACCCCCCGAGCCGUGAUGCCCGGCUGGAUGAUCUUGUGAUCCAAGAACCCAACGCGCCCAACCGACCCAUCAGUGAUCUGCUCAACACAAUUGGAGGAAGUCCUUUUUGUUACAUUUAUCUUUAA